AUGUCGUUUAGGGUACAUGAAGAAAAUGAGAAAUCAACUGUUACUUUCCCAUUAAUUCAAAGGAUGAGGAAGAGCCAGGCUGUGUUGAAACUUCAAAGCUGUGGAUCAGUGUGGAAGGAGAGGAGCAAGCAACGUGCACUUGGCAAUUCACAUGGGUCUUUAAUCGCCUCGACUGCAACCAACCGUGCGUCUUAA